GAGCCCCGAUGCCAGCCUGGUGAGCGAGCGGCGGCGAGAAGAGCCGAGCAGCUCCGGUUUGAAACUCCGCAGAGACGCUUUAGAAACACGCACACACGCACACACACACCGCAGCAGAAACCAGCACCAUGCCGAGGAGGAAACAGCAGGCACCCCGGCGCUCGGCAGCGUACGUUCCUGAGGAGCUCAAAGAUGCCGCCCUAAUGGACGAAGACGUCGAGGGCGAGGAUUCUGCGAUCGAGGAGGAGCCUGCUGUCAAAUACAUGUGCCAGGACAAAGAGUACUUCUCCAAAGACCGCCCGGGCUUCCGCGACUCCCCGACCGCGGACCUCUCCAGCCAUGAGAUGGACAGCGAGUCUCACCUCAGCGAGACGAGCGACCGGAUGUCAGACUUCGAGAGUGCCUCCGUGAAGAAUGAAGAGGACGCCGCUAAGGAGCCACUUGCUUCGACUGGAUCCGUGAAGAUGACGCCACCGGCUCCGCCUUGCAGCGAAGAAGCUCCUGCUACGGGACCGGACAGCCUGGAGCAAAUGAAGGCUAUUUACACCAGCUUCUUGACCAAUUCUUACUGGUCGUCCUUGAAUAUGACGCAGCCGCCGGCCGAGAAACCUCCCCGCAGCCAUAGCAGUAGCAGCAGCAGCAGCAGCAGUAGCAGUAGCUGUGGUAGCGCGGGUUACGACUGGCACCAGUCGGCCGUCGCGAAGACCCUGCAGCAGGUCUCGCAGAACCAGAACAGGAUACUGCACCCUGCAUCCGAGCCUAACCUGUUUAGCACUGUCCAGCUGUACCGACAAAGCACCAAGCUCUACGGGUCCAUCUUCACCGGUGCCAGCAAGUUCCGCUGUAAGGACUGCAGUGGCGCGUACGACACGCUGGUUGAGCUCACGGUGCACAUGAACAGAACUGGGCAUUACAAAGAUGACAACCACGAGACAGACGCUGAGGGCACGAAGCGUUGGUCCAAGCCACGGAAACGCUCCCUGCUGGAAAUGGAAGGGAAGGAGGACGCUCAGAAGGUCCUCAAGUGCAUGUACUGUGGCCACUCCUUUGAGUCACUACAAGACCUCAGUGUCCACAUGAUCAAGACAAAACACUAUCAGAAAGUGCCUCUAAAAGAGCCCGUGACGCCCGUAGCAGCCAAGAUCAUAUCCUCAGCUCGGAAAAGAGCCCCCAUCGAGCUGGAUCUCCCAAGCUCCCCGGAUUCCAACGGUGGCACUCCAAAACCCUCUCUUUCAGACGCCAAUGACCUCCUCGCAAAGACAGCGAAUCCGUACAUCACUCCCAAUAACCGUUACGGGCAUCAGAACGGAGCUAGCUACGCCUGGCAGUUCGAGUCUCGGAAAUCACAGAUCCUGAAAUGCAUGGAAUGCGGAAGCUCCCAUGAUACUCUUCAGGAGCUGACGGCUCACAUGAUGGUGACGGGGCACUUCAUCAAGGUCACCAACUCUGCCAUCAAGAAAGGCAAGCCUAUUAUGGAGUCACCCCCUAACCCACCCCCUUGCACCGUUGCCUCUACUGAAGAUAAGGUGCAAUCGGUACCGUUGGCCGCCACGGCCUUUUCGCCCCCUCCUCCGGCACCCCCUCCUCCUAGCGUUUCCCCGGCUGCUAUGGAAAUUAAGAAGGAAGAAAAAGAAGUCGAGUGCAGUAAGGACAUGGUGAACAUCAGCAAAGAAAGAAAAGCCAUGGAUGAUGAUGCCGAAGAGAAGUUUGACAUUUCCUCCAAGUAUCCCUAUUUGACCGAGGAAGAUCUUGAAGAAAGUCCCAAGGGUGGACUCGACAUCCUGAAGUCACUGGAAAACACGGUCACUUCUGCCAUCAACAAAGCACAGAACGGCACGCCAACCUGGGGUGGGUAUCCCAGCAUUCACGCCGCCUACCAGCUUCCGAACAUCAUGAAGCUGUCCUUGCGCAACUCGGGAAAGAACUCUCCGUUGAAGUACAUGUUUUCAAGAGAAGAGCUCCUCUCCCCAACCAAAAACCAGCCUCUUAUUUCUCCUCCAAGCUGCCAGACUUCACCUCAGCCUAAAAAUAACUUUCAUGCCAUGGAGGAACUUGUCAAAAAAGUAACAGAAAAAGUGGCCAAAGUGGAGGAAAAAAUGAGGGAUCCGGUUGCGAGAGCUUCCCCUCUGAGGCGGACUACUCCCUCUCCUUGCAGCAGCGAGGCCGGGGACUCCGCCAGAGGCGAUUCACCCAAAGAAAGCCGAGGAGCCAAAACCCCUGAGACCAAUGGCACACUGAACGCUCACAAGGACUCCAACGGCGAGGCCCUGACGAAAGAAUCCUUGGAGAACGGCACCGACCACGUCGUCAAGACUCCCGUCUCGUCGCGGUGCAAUAGCACCGCGAUCAUAACCGACCAUCCUCCAGAACAGCCGUUCGUCAACCCCUUAAGUGCACUUCAGUCUGUCAUGAAUGUCCACCUUGGUAAAGCUGCUAAACCUGCCCUUCCAUCCCUGGAUCCUAUGAGCAUGCUCUUUAAGAUGAGCAACAGUCUGGCGGAGAAGGCGGCAGUAGCCGCAUCUACUCCGGCUCAGACCAAAAAGACGAAUGAGCAUCUCGACCGGUACUUUUACCACAUCAACAACGACCAGCCGAUCGACCUGACCAAAGGCAAGAGUGACAAGAGCAGCUCCCUAGGAUCGGCUGUGUUAUCAUCCUCCACCUCGACUCCUUCCUCCGUGUCACCCUCGUCGACCAUAACGAUGGCCAAGGCGUCGUCCGCGGUGGCGUCGUUCAUGUCCAACUCCCCUCUGCGAGAAAACGCUCUGUCCGACAUUUCUGAUAUGCUUCGUAACUUAACGGAAAGUCACGUCUCCAAAUCUUCCACGCCGACCAGUUUGUCCGAGCGGUCGGACAUAGACGGUGCUAUGCACGAAGACACCGAUGACAUGUCGCCGGCUCAGAAGCGUAAAGGUCGGCAGUCCAACUGGAACCCUCAGCAUCUCCUGAUCCUGCAGGCCCAGUUUGCCUCUAGUCUGCGGCAAACGAGUGACGGCAAAUACAUCAUGUCUGACCUCAGCCCACAGGAACGGAUGCACAUCUCCCGCUUCACUGGGCUCUCCAUGACCACCAUCAGCCACUGGCUGGCCAACGUGAAGUACCAGCUGAGACGGACAGGCGGCACGAAGUUCCUCAAGAACCUCGAUUCUGGCCACCCUGUGUUCUUCUGUAGUGACUGUGCCUCACAGAUACGCUCCCCUUCCACCUACGUCAGCCACCUCGAGUCCCAUCUAGGGUUCCGACUCAGAGACCUGGCAAAACUGUCCGGGGAGCAACUGGUGAGCCAGAUCUCACGGCAUUCCAAGGGACUCUCUGAGAAACUUCUGUCUGCCCAGGCCCACGCUUUAACCCACUCGAUUACCAACCCUAACUCCAACCCUAGCCCGCACUCCAACUCCCACUCCCCUUGUCCGGACGAGGAAGGCAACAGCACGACGUAUCAGUGUAAACUUUGCAACCGGACUUUUGCGAGCAAGCAUGCUGUCAAACUCCAUUUGAGUAAGACUCACGGAAAGUCCCCGGAGGACCACCUUAUGUACGUUUGUGAACUAGAGAAACCUUAGCACCGACCCAUUUCAUUGUCCGAAGCCUUCUCACUUACCUUUCUUAAACCCGAGAUAAACCAACGGACGAUCGCGAGACUAACGAGUAACUGCACAUAGACGCCAUGAUUCUAAACUACUGUUUAGUCUUGGCACAUGAAUUUGGGACGGGGGCUCUUCCUUCUGGUUCAAAGACAUUGUUUUUUUUUCCCUCACGCUAGAUUAAAAAUGACUGAAUA